CGCGCUCUCCCUCGCUCGCAGCGAGCCCGACUCACCUCUGACUGUCCGGGGACAUGACUGGCACGCCCGAAGCUGCUACCACCCGGGAUGGAGAAGCCCCCGAGCGCUCCCCGCCCUGCAGUCCGAACUACGAUCUCACGGGCAAGGUGAUGCUUCUGGGAGACUCGGGCGUCGGCAAAACCUGUUUCCUGAUCCAAUUCAAAGACGGGGCCUUCCUGUCCGGAGCCUUCAUAGCCACCGUCGGCAUAGACUUCAGGAACAAGGUGGUGACAGUGGACGGCGCCAGGGUGAAGCUUCAGAUCUGGGACACUGCAGGACAGGAACGCUUCCGCAGUGUGACCCACGCGUAUUACCGGGAUGCUCAGGCCUUGCUCCUGUUGUAUGACAUCACCAACAAAUCUUCUUUUGACAACAUCAGGGCCUGGCUCACCGAGAUUCACGAGUAUGCCCAGAGAGAUGUGGUGAUCAUGCUGCUAGGCAACAAGGCGGAUGUAAGCAGCGAAAGGGUGAUCCGUUCUGAGGAUGGAGAGACACUAGCCAGGGAGUAUGGCGUUCCCUUCAUGGAGACCAGUGCCAAGACUGGCAUGAAUGUGGAGUUGGCUUUUUUGGCAAUUGCCAAGGAACUAAAAUAUCGGGCAGGCAGGCAGCCUGAUGAGCCCAGCUUCCAGAUCCGAGACUACGUGGAGUCGCAGAAGAAGCGCCCCAGCUGCUGCUCCUUUGUGUGACUCUAACAGCAGACUCUAUAAGGGGCUAAGAGGAGGCCCAGAGACCCUUGGAAUGCAGUUAUUUUAACUGCCAAGCCGACUAGGAGAGAGUUGGGGGUCCAGUAGGCAGCCCUGUCCAGGGAGGUAGCUGCCACCCUAGUUUCUCUAGCUUCCCUGUGUCAUGGGAAGGUUAAAAUUCCCAUACUUUAUCUUAAUAUAUAUAAACUAAUAUCAAAAAGGGCACCAGUGUGCCCCCCCCGAAAAAAAAAACAAAAUAGGUAGGGACUUGAUGGUCCUUUUGCCUUCUGGGACUGGAUUCUAAAAGACUGGAUCCCCCUCCUAUCAUGGGCUUUACUGCACCAGCAUGGAACCAGGGGACACCAAAGUACUGCUAGGGUGUAGGAACUGGUUGUGAUCCUCACUAGGGAGGCUAGGGAGACUUCUCUUCCUCCAACUCCCCAGGGGACACCCUCUCCCAAUAGGAAAGGCCUCAGUGCUGGGAGCUAGCCCAAUGCCUCAGAAAAGAUAAAAGUGGAGAUUGGGGUGGGGGGCUGUAAGAAGAAUAGCAGUCAUGUGGGUGGGGUCUGCUCACAGCUACCUCUGGCCCUCCUCACCCUCCUUCUGGAAGCAAACCCCUUUUUCUCUAGCACACAAGCACAGUGGGGUACCUGAAAACAUCACAUUCUAUCCUCUGGACCUUACAUCCCAGGGGACACCCCACCAUCCCAUGGGAAUCUCUCUCAUCAGCUUUCUGCCUGGGUUCCUAGACGCCAGAGGUCAGAGCCAGGAAAACACUUCACUUUCCUUCCUUCCCAGACCUGUGACAAGGUGGACAGCACCACAGCUAUUUAAGGCAGAGGUAAGAGCCAGAUAAAGAAUUUGCUGGCUCCUAGAAUGGGUGGGAGUCAGAAGUGAACAACCCCACCAUUCAAUUUUUCUAAGUCCCAGCUCUCUGUCUCCUCCCUGCUCUUUCCUUUAACUUCAGACCAACACUAGGACCAAAACUGUUUUAUCUCCACAUCCACUAAAUCAGGUGAAAGGGUGGGAAGCCUUCUGUUUCUGGGUGAACCAAUGUACUAUGUUUGUGUGGGAAGGGGAAGGUAGUUUGGUCAAGCUUCGGGUAUGGAGACGGGCAGUAAGGAGGUCCUAUAGGCUCGAGGCCGUAUGUCUCCCAAAGCCCUGACCCUACCCUUAGGACGCUGGAGGUGUGCAGAUCCAUGACCCAUAGGCACCUUUACUGCAGCUCUGUAGGCUGGGCAGUGACUGGGACUCCUAUAAAGUGUGCACUGCACAUUUCUGAGGUUACUGCAUUUGCUUUCAAGGCAGAAAUCUUGCUCUCUGAGCAGAGUCAGCACUCUAAACUUGGGUUGAUAAGAAAGCCCUCUGUGACCUCUCAUGGGCAGAUCAAGGAGGAGCCUGGGCUUGCCUCUGCUCUUCUGGGACUUCUAGCAAGUUGCAGGAACUCCAGUCCCGUAGCUCUGGGUCUCCAGCGUUUGUGUUUUUCAGAAUUAAAUUGCAGUAUUUUGGAAAGUA